AGACUGUACUACGCAGCGAGCCUCCACGACGAUCGUCAUCUCUCACGCACCUCCUCGCCCUAUGACUGUGGCUCUUCGAGUCAGCAUUCGUGAUUCGUGAUUGCAAGCAGCUGCUGGUCCGCAGACGCAAAGACCUGCUUGACUCGUGAUUCAAGCUUGCACUUCGAUAGCAUACAUAUAGCUGACUGCCUAGCUGCUGCUGCAGCGCUUGCACCCCGCCGAAAUUGCCGAAGUCCAAGCUCACGUUGCGUGAUGUAGCGGUAGGUACAGCAGCGGGGAAAGUCUUGUGAGUCGCAAGUCUCCACACCCGCGCUAAGACUUGCACUUGGUCAGUCGACCUUAUGCGUGCGGGGCAAGGGCCAGGAGACACAAGCCAGCCGAUUACGGCAUCCGUCACCGUGAAGUCAAGAGCUGCUUGCUCGUUAGAUUGGCUUUCAUAUAGUGCUGGACAUAGCUUCAUGAGAGAUGCGCACUACAAGAGGAUCAAGCACUCCGACUUGCAACAUCUUGUCGACCGGCAUGCACUGGAGCAGCGGCAGUGGAGAAGACUAGACAGCAAGUGCUUGUCCUCCUCAUGCGGAGCGGAGCAGCACAGCAGCAUAGUCUGGCAAUGAUGGAAUCGAUCUUAGCCGAUCGGCUUAACUAGCCUCGCAUGAUUCGCACCAUCUCCAUCAUGGCACCUGUUCAUAUGAGGAGAGCAUCUAUCCCGACUUGGAAGCUCGGCCUUGACUUGAGCAUGUCACGGAGCGAGGAGCGAGGAGCCUGAAAGGAGAGAUUCCCUUUCCCGCGCGCAAAUGCCGUUGCUAUUGAAUAUCAAACCAAAAUCACAAUCACAGAGCCGCAGCGGCACGACCCCUCUUGAAGAAGUAGCUGCCAUGCAGUAAGCGGCUCGGCACCCUUUUUUCCCACACCGAUACGAUGCCAGAGGUCUCUGUCUGUCUGCGUUGAUUGACACUUACGGAGUGAAGCAUGCUGGUCAUGCUCAUCACGGGUGCCUCGGCCUGCCGG